AAAUUUUCUAAUAAAUUGCACUGAUAAGCUGGUGAACUGACUCGUCUGCUUGAUACUUGGGGACGAAGUCGUCAACUCAAGGUCAUGGUUUGUUAUUUAAAUUUUUUUGCUCGCGUAAAAAUGAGUAAGGAGCGGGGGUUCACAAUUGUAGUCUUCGGUCAUUCAUAACAAUGGCGGCAUUGAAAGCAAGUGUUUGCUGAUGAUGUUUUGUGUGUGACUGGUUCUAAUAAUAUUUUAUAUUUAAACCUGAUGUGUGUGUAUAUUAAUAGCGGUUAUUAAAACACAGACGUUAGUCUGCUCCGGUUAAAUUGUGCACACAUUUGCCCCUGUGUUAAUACUCAUACAGAUUUAAUGCUGAGUAAUAAUAAUUAUUAUUAUUUAAAAGUUUGUUUGGAUAUAUAACAAGUGCCUUAAAUCGUUUACAUUUUACGUCAUGGAGGAGAGCAAGAUGGAGAACAUGUCGCCUGGGAAAACAAACAAAACAUCGAGUUCCUCGAGGAAACACAAAAAAAGAGGAAACAAAAGGAGCAACGCCAACCAGGUCGAUAGCUGGUGCAGUGAAGAUCAAACGGAUAUGAGUUGCGACCCGGUACCGGGUAUCGAUUACGCCCCAAUGUUCUGGCAACAAUCAGCAGCAGUUGGUCCUCAUGUUGCACCGAUGCGCAAUGGCCAGAGACUCUUCACUACGAUGUCCGACCCAAGUUUCUGCGGGUACUCUACAGUUCCCGUGGCCUAUGCGAUGGAACCCGUCUCCAUGCCGGGGAUCUACCCUCUGUACAGGCCGAGUCCUCAGCCUAAUUACCGACCACCGCGAGGCAGACCCAGGAGAAACAUUCCCCAGCACAAUCCGAGCCAUUCCCAGGCCCAUCAGGGCAUCAGCAACAUCAGCGGCGUCGCCAACGGGUACUCGAGUCUCCAGGAAAACAGGACCAGCUUCUCAACUUUGUACCAGAAUGGAGACUACACUUCACUGCCUCCUUCUGCCAACAAUCAUAUCGUCACUGAAGGCGAUGACUUGAACUCGGAGCACAGGAGGUACUCGGACCCAGGUCUAGGUCCUGCGGACCUGCCGCCUCACAACAACAGCGAGGACUCUGACAGCGUUGGCAGCUCCAGUUCUAUCACGACUAUCGGGAAAAAUAAUAAACUCGUUCUUUCUUUAGUCGAGCAGAUGACUGCGCUAAGAGAAGCAAAUAGCCAGAUGUUUAAACAACUUAACGAAACAAAACUGUCAUUAGAAAAUGUAACUACGGAAUUAGGUGAAAUAAAACAACACGCGUUCUCAGAUUAUCAGCCAGGAAUGUUAUCAGAUAUUAUUAGCGAGAUUCGACAAGCAAAUAAAACCCUAGAUGAAACAAUCGAUGCAAGAAUAAACGCGAUAGUCGAGGAGAAAACCCGACGAAAACUACUAGAGCUUGACGACCUCAAGGAACAACUGGCCAAAAUGACAGAGCAAAAGGCCAAGGGAGACAGACGGAUUGCAAAGUUGGAGGAGGAGGUUGCUAGUCUUAAAAUUAAUGCCUCCAACAAUGAGGGUCGUGAGAUAGCAGCCUUCGAAGAAGAGACACUGGCGCUGAGACGUGAGCUCCAAGAAGCACGGGCGAGAAACACUGCCGAUAAUCGAGUGGCUAAGUGCGUAGAAGCAUCAUCGAUAACGAGAUCUAUUGCGUCUUUAACUUUCAAUUCACCCUGUAUAACAACCAGCACCCCCGUGCGUAGAAACUUCCACGAGCUCAAAAGCUCCAGUUCCAUUGCUCCAGUCACCACUUCAUCCUCAACUUCGUCUGACUCAUCUCCCUCACCUUUGUCCCCAUCCGACUCGUCGAGGAACCUGGAGAGCAUCGGCGCAGAUCAGCUUGACGAGGACUGGGAGUGGAAAAAAGGAUCCACUCAGGCCACUGGUACCUUGGACCGGCUUACAGAGCCGGCCAACCACGAUGACAAAAUCAAUGAAAAGCUAGACAGUGAAAACAAGGAGAGCAAAGAAUUGAUUGCUGAUAAUAAUUACUGGAAAAAUUCUAGAGGCUCUAUCACAUCAAUGCGCCCGGAUCAAAGGGAAGCUUUCGAGCGAUUGUUGCAUUUUCACUUUGAAAGAAACUCUGUGACAACUGGCCAGAAUUUUCAUCGCACAGCAGUAGUCCGUCGCAAAAGCGACGGCACAAAUAGUUUUAAAAAAAUUUCAAAAUUUCCUUGUUUGAGAGCCGUCUCCACGAGCUCCCUUCCCUCCAUACCAGACCCCGAUCCUGAAGAAAAAAAGUCCGAAGCCAGCGACGGCAGUCGUCCAGCGUCCGAAGCUCAGCAGAAACGCGAGGGCAUCGAGGUACCGGACGUCGUCGUGGUUCCUGGAAAAUCAGUGGUACCUAAAAAUUUGUGCUCGACGAGAAUCCUGACAUCCAGUGUCCUCAAAGCACCUUCACGCGCCACUUUUACCACCGCCUAUAUUUAGGUUACGUACGGGGCCACUGAAUAAGCCAUAAUUACUGUGCCAUCACAAAUUGGGGCUUCAUUAUUUGGGUUUUAACUACUGUAAAAAUUCACACGAGGAUUAAGGGAAGAAAGAGAGGAAAAGAACGUAACCGGAAACGUGAUUUAUCAGACUGGAGAAACUGGUGGCGGUACUGCGUAAAAAGGUGAGCGGUCUCAGCAUCAGCGAUCAUCACCACCAUCAUCAUCGUCAA